CAGACCUGAGCUGACGUCACCGGACCCCUGAGCUCUGACGUCACCGGGCCGGGCCGAGCGGAGGCCCCCGCGGAGGAGCCCCCCCGCUGUCCUCACGGUGCGCACCCACAUGGCGUAAAGGCUCGUUACGUCACAGUCAGCUACGUCACAGUCAGCGCGUCACAGUCGUCCACGCACACGCUUCCGUCGCGCAUGUGUGGCGUGUUUCCGCCGCAGUUCUCGCGAGAGUCGGACAGCGGAAGUGUCCCGGGUCAUGUGAUCAUGUCAGAGUAGCCCGUCGUCUCCACGCAGACCUCCGGACCAGAGGAGUCCUCACCAUGCAGAACGUCUUCAACAGCGUCAAGGGCACGGCGCUCGGGGUGGCGGAGUUCCUCACGCCGGUGCUGAAGGAGUCCAAGUUCAAAGAGACUGGAGUGAUCACACCAGAGGAGUUUGUAGCAGCCGGGGAUCACUUGGUUCACCAUUGCCCCACAUGGAAAUGGGCCAGUGGGGAGGAAGUCAAGGUGAAGCCAUAUCUGCCCCCGGACAAACAGUUUCUCCUGACACGCAACGUUCCCUGUUACAAGCGUUGUAAACAGAUGGAGUAUUCAGAUGAGCUGGAGGCCAUCAUAGAGGAGGAUGAUGGAGAUGGGGGCUGGGUGGACACGUACCACAACUCAGGUGUGUUAGGAGUCACAGAUGCUGUACAAGAACUUUCACUGGACAAUAACAAGGACAAGAAUAUGAACGCCACAUCUGCAGCAUAUGGUGACGAUGAUGAAGAAGAUGAGGACGAAGAUGGAGAAGCGGCCGAUAUGGAAGAGUACGAAGAAAGUGGCCUGUUGGAAACCGAUGAGGCGACCUUGGACACCAGUAAAAUGGUUGAAGCCAAAGCCAAAGCAGAGCCUGGAGGCGAAGAUGCCAUCCUUCAGACGAGAACAUAUGACCUGUACAUCACAUAUGAUAAAUACUACCAGACACCUCGACUCUGGCUGUUUGGAUAUGAUGAGGACAGACAACCACUGACUGUAGAACAGAUGUACGAGGACAUCAGCCAGGACCAUGUUAAGAAGACGGUCACCAUUGAGAACCACCCCAACCUUCCUCCACCUGCCAUGUGCUCUGUCCACCCUUGCAGGCAUGCAGAGGUGAUGAAAAAGAUCAUUGAGACUGUGGCAGAAGGGGGAGGAGAGUUGGGAGUGCAUAUGUACCUUCUAAUUUUCCUCAAGUUUGUCCAGGCUGUCAUUCCUACAAUAGAAUACGACUACACAAGACACUUCACCAUGUAGCUUCGUGAAUCUGCCUCUGCUGAGGCGACGUGGGAGAAACGUCAGCCCUCCUGCCCGUGUGUUGAGAUUCUAUCAGGUCUGGUCUGAUUACAAUCAGUUUGUGGAGUGUCUUUGCGUUGGGUGCAGGACCUGGGGAAUGUUGAAGGUAUGUGACAAAACUGUCUGUUAAAGGAACAGUCUGACAUUUUGGUAAAUCGAAUGUUUUCUAUGAAACCCGGAGUCGGAUAAGAAGAUCAGUAUUGGUUUCAUCAGUGUGCCUCCAGCCUAAAUAUGUCAUGAAAAGUGCACCUUUCAAAGCCAGAGCUGUAUUAUCAUGUUGAAUUGAAUGAUUUCAUCUGUGGGAAAAAUAGAAAUGUGAAAACAAAAAACUUUAUUUGUAACAAGUGGUUGAAUAGUGGGGUUUUUUUCACCUUUUGACCGAGCUAGUUGGUAGUUUCUUCUUACUGACAGUGCUAAGCUAGGCUAACCACGACCUGGACACACAGAAAUGAAACCGAUAUCCAUCUCUUCGUCCGACCCUAGGUAAGAUCGCAGACCAAGCUUGGUCCCAAAGCUUGGACUGUACCUUCUGGUGUUUCUCUACAAGUCUAGUGUUGGUACCACAACGUGGAGAGAAGCUCCUAAAGUUCUUGUGAAUACCAUUUUGAUGCUUUUACUAAAACUCACCCCAUUCCACACACAACGGUCAGACUGAACCGAAAACAGUACAGUUCUACGGGCCAUAAAACCAAAACGAUAAGCAUGCCAAGCCCUCUGCUGCGGCCCUUCACUGUGGCCCUUCACUGUGGCCCUUCACUGCCUUCAGUCAUCUGUUUAUGUGCGUCCUUGCACAAUUUACAGAUAAGAUUCAAAAGAAAUUAUUCCAAAUCUUUGGACUUGGACAGCUAUUGCAAGUAAAUGAACGUUGUCUUGCUAGCGUCCCUGUCUGAAAUGUCUGUGUACCCGACGGCAGCAUCGAUGGAAGCUUCUUGAUCAUCACCACCACCGUUCCCAUGUCGCCUCCAUUCUGUGGAAGAAGGCACGGCUGAACCCUGUCAUUGUAAAUCAGCUCUGGAUGCCAGUUUGUCUUAAUACUUCAUUCUCUGAAUGUGUUGAUGGCCAGACCUCUUCAUUCAUACACGGUCCAUGUGGUUGCCGCAUACGUUUGUCUUUCAGUUUCCCUCCUCUGCAGCUUGUGUUACUACCUUUUUUUUUUUUUUUUUUUUUUUUCAGUUGGUCUUUCUUCUACUGAUGUAUCUCCAAAUACUGCGUCGAGAAUUGAUUUUCAUUGUCACAAGCCUCUCUGUGUACUUCAAUAAACCCUCCGAUGAAGCCGUGGUCUAUUUACUUGAUGAUAUAUAAACUAUUACAAUAAAUGGUGUCUAAUAAAGUCCCUUCUUCCA